UAACCCGGAAGUAGGCGGGACUUCGGUUCUGUAGAAGAAGAAGCUAGCCGCUAGCCUCCCGGUACAGCAGGCUCUGGUUCUGUCUCUAGCCGAUCAACAUGGUCCAACUGGUGGGUCCCCUCCGAAAAGAGCUGGCUGACUCCCUUUCCACCUGCAAGGUGCUGGUGGUGGGAGCGGGAGGGAUCGGCUGCGAGCUGCUGAAGAACCUCGUCCUCACCGGCUUCAAGAACAUCGAAGUGAUUGACUUGGACACCAUCGAUGUCAGCAACCUGAACCGUCAGUUCCUCUUCCAGAAGAAGCAUGUUGGCAAGUCUAAAGCACAGGUGGCCAAGGAGAGCGCGUUGCAGUUUUGUCCCACUGCAAAUAUCGCUGCCUACCAUGACAGCAUCAUGAACCCCGACUACAAUGUGGAGUUCUUCAGACAGUUUGUGCUGGUGAUGAAUGCUCUGGACAACAGAGCGGCCCGUAACCAUGUGAACAGGAUGUGUCUGGCAGCAGACAUCCCUCUGAUAGAGAGUGGCACGGCUGGAUACCUGGGACAGGUCACUGUCAUCAAGAAGGGAAUGACUGAGUGCUACGAGUGCCAACCAAAGCCCACCCAGAAGACUUUCCCAGGAUGCACCAUAAGAAACACACCAUCUGAGCCUAUUCACUGCAUCGUCUGGGCCAAGUAUCUCUUCAAUCAACUAUUUGGAGAGGAGGAUGCAGAUCAAGAGGUGUCACCUGACACAGCAGACCCAGAGGCUGCAUGGAACCCUGAAGACGCGACAGCUCGCGCCACGGCCUCAGAAAAGGACGGAGACGUCAAGCGAGUCUCCACCAAGGAAUGGGCCCGCUCCACAGGAUACGACCCCGUCAAACUCUUCAACAAGCUUUUCAAAGACGACAUCAUGUACCUGCUGACCAUGGACAAGCUGUGGAAGAAGAGGAAAGCUCCUACACCUCUGGACUGGCUGCAGCUAGAGAACACUGCAUGUCCACAGGACGAAGCUCCAGGUUCCGGUUUAAAGGACCAGCAGGUUCUGAGUGUUUGGGGUCACUGCCAGAUGUUCCAGCACAGCGUGGAGACUCUCCGCUCACAGCUGCAGGAGAAGGGAGAAGCAGCCGAGCUAGUGUGGGACAAGGACGACCCUCCAGCCAUGGACUUUGUUACCUCAGCAGCCAACCUGCGUAUGCACAUCUUUAGCAUGAACAUGAAGAGUCGCUUUGAUGUAAAAUCCAUGGCAGGUAACAUCAUUCCAGCUAUUGCUACGACCAACGCUGUCAUCGCUGGACUCAUCGUACUGGAGGGGCUGAAGAUCCUGUCUGGGGAAAUUGAGUCCUGUCGCACGAUUUUCCUGAACAAGUGUCCCAACCUCAGGAAGAAGCUUUUGGUGCCAUGUGUCCUGGACCCACCCAGCGCCAACUGCUACGUCUGCGUCAGCAAACCUGAAGUCACAGUCAAACUCAACGUCCACAAAACCAUCGUCCUCUCUCUGCAGGACAGGAUCCUUAAGGAAAGGUUUGGCAUGGUGGCUCCAGAUGUUCAGAUAGAAGAUGGAAAAGGGACUAUCCUCAUUUCCUCAGAGGAAGGAGAAACAGAAGCCAACAACAGCAAAUUUCUUUCUGAUUUUGGGAUCCGUAACGGCAGCCGUCUCCAAGUUGAUGACUUCCUCCAAGACUACACGCUCCUCGUUAAUGUCCUGCACACUGAGGAACUAGAGCGGGAUGUGGAGUUUGAGGUAGUAGGUGAGGCCCCAGACAAAGCUCCACCCCCUCAGACUAACCAGGAAGAAGUUAACAGCAUCACCAACGGCAACAAGGACUCCGCCCAGCCUUCUACCUCUUCUAAAGCACCAGCCAAUGAUGAUGAUGACAUCAUGAUCGUAGACUCUGACAACGAGGAAAUGGCUGCUUCGAGCUCUGCGGCACCAGCGACCAGCGGCACCAAGAGGAAGCACUCGGACGCAGAAACUGGCGAGACCUCCACCAAGCGCCCACGGACGGACCAAUCAAGCGCAGCAGCUGCCCCCGCCGACAACAAUGAUGAUGACGACGACAUCAUCGCUCUGGACUAACCCAUUCUCCCUGGUCUCCUGAAGGACUGAACUCUUUGAACGCUUUUUGACUCGAGACUGACAGUAGGCUUAAAUAAAACACCUCUUUUAUGAAGAACAAUUUACUGCCCUGGUUCAUCUUUGGUCAAUUCCUCUCCUUUGGUCACCGCUGUGUUUGUGCUUUCAUACUCUUCUCUGACAUGAUGCUGUAAAUAGACUCCACGUUUUAAAAAAAAGUUUUGAGAAAAACAUAAAACUGCUUUUGUUAUUUUUAUUAUUUCUGGUCCCUAUAAAAUGCUUCACUUGAUGGUUUAAAAGAAGUGCUUUUUUUGUAUUUUUUAUAAACGUACUGUAUUUCUCAUGCUACACAAGCCAGGGUGUUUUGUGCUUUGUGGUCAGGUUACAAAAGAUUAAAAACCAAAACAUUUUCAAGGGUUGUAAUAUUGAUCUGGGUUGUUGUUGUUUUUGGGAUGGUAACAGACAGAGCCAGAAGUCCACAGUGUGUGAUACUCUAACCAGGGUGCCUGUCUGUAGGUACUGUCGAUGUCUGUGAUGGGGUCAGUAAAGCACAGAGGCACUGAUGGAGAGUUUGGCCACUUUGUGCCAUGGGGUGUCAGUUUGCUACCUCUUUUCUAGAACUACCAUGUUUUGGCUGCAAAUGUGUAAACAUGCCCUCCAUAACACCACCACAGUGAGGCGUCCAGCUCCUCAGAUAUAUGAGAAAAAAGAGAAAAAAAAAAGGUUACUAAGAGCCAUGGAGCAGCACAGUGGUACUGAUGUGGCUCCCUGUGAAACUGCACUGUAUCCUCAAGGCUCUGGCUAAGCACAAGCGGCUUAGGUCCAGGCUAGUAGUUUAAUGUACACCCGUUACGGUUGCUUUUUAUUAGUAUGACUUGGUUCUGUUUUAGCAGAGGGCACAGUUUGUAUAGACGGAACCAGAGAUGUAGUUGUGGUUUGACCAGAACCAGUCAUUCUUCUUCGUACUGCGGUGGUUAGACGGAAGGCAGCGGAGUCCUGCACUGAAACAACCAACGUUUAAGCGGAGCAGUUUGAGCUCCAGCUGCCUUCACCGGUCUGACUCCUGUGCCAGUUUCCAUGAUUUCAUACUUCAUUGUGAUCUGACUUGUUAUUGAAAGCCUAUGAGAGCCCUUUGGACCAAUUUUGGUGAAGAUAAUAAACUCAACCAAUGCAGA